AACAGGUGGCCUUGGUUCUGCAAAAUGAAAAGUAUUUAAAGUGAAAGAAAGUCGCAUAUAACUCCGACAGACUCUUCUGCGAGAUUUAUCAAGCUUGGCCGCCGGAGAAAUCAUCGAGUCAUGGCAUCUGGGAUCGUUAAACGAGUCCUUGGGAAUCGUGCCACUGGAAUCUUCUCGCUCUCGAGAUCUUUCUGUUCUCCGUCUUCUUCCUCCGAUCUCAUCACCGCCACUCUUUUCCCCGGCGACGGUAUCGGUCCUGAGAUCGCCGAGUCCGUUAAACAGGUAUUUAAAACUGCAGAUGUGCCAAUUCAGUGGGAAGAGCACUUUGUGGGGACUGAGGUAGAUCCUAGAACGCAGAGUUUUUUGACGUGGGAAAGUCUAGAAUCAGUGAGAAGAAAUAAGAUCGGAUUGAAAGGACCAAUGGCGACACCCAUUGGAAAGGGGCAUCGUUCCUUGAACCUUACACUGAGAAAAGAGCUUAACCUUUAUGCUAAUGUUAGGCCUUGUUACAGUCUCCCUGGCUACAAGACACGAUAUGAUGAUGUAAACCUAGUCACUAUACGUGAAAACACAGAAGGAGAGUACAGCGGUCUUGAACAUCAGGUCGUGAGGGGUGUAGUGGAAAGUAUCAAGAUCAUUACUCGUCAGGCAAGCUUGAGGGUAGCUGAGUAUGCUUUUCAUUAUGCCAAGGCACAUGGAAGAGAAAGAGUAUCUGCAAUACACAAAGCAAACAUUAUGCAGAAAACCGAUGGUCUUUUUCUCAAGUGUUGUCGCGAGGUUGCAGAGAAGUACCCUGAUAUAAAAUAUGAGGAAGUUGUCAUUGACAAUUGCUGUAUGAUGCUUGUCAAGAAUCCUGCUCUUUUUGAUGUCCUGGUGAUGCCUAACCUGUAUGGAGAUAUCAUCAGUGAUCUGUGUGCUGGUCUUAUUGGAGGUUUGGGGCUAACACCAAGCUGCAAUAUUGGCGAGGGAGGUGUUGCUCUGGCCGAGGCUGUACAUGGUUCAGCACCUGAUAUUGCUGGAAAGAAUAAAGCAAAUCCUACUGCGCUGCUUUUGAGUUCUGUUUCAAUGCUCCGCCAUCUUGAACUUCAUGAUAAAGCUGAUCGGAUCCAGAGUGCUAUUCUCAACACAAUUGCUGAUGGGAAGUACCGAACAGCGGAUCUUGGUGGCUCUUCGUCAACAAGUGAUUUCACGAAAGCAAUAUGUGAUCAACUUUGAAGAUUGGGGUGUGAAUAUAAUUCCAAUUGGUUACAAAGGUGCUGCCAAAAGUUGGCAUUAGCGAUUUUUCUUUUGUAGAUGCAUAUGCUACAUUUGUCUUCCAUGUAGGAAUAAGACACAUUUUUAGGGUUCACGGGAGGUUUAAUGAUCAUUAAUUUGUAUCCAAUGAUGCAGAGGCUCACUGUCAUUAGUGGAAGAAUAAGGCAACAAUCAUUCAUAUACUCGUCGACCCUUCCCAAAUUUGUUAAAAACUCUUUAUACCUUGCAAUUGGAAAAGCAGCUUCCUA